UUCUUCUAGCAAAAAACUAACCAGAACAGCAAUGGCGGCCAUUUUCAGUUAGCCUCCUCCCACACGCCCACGCCAUGGUCAAAGCAUUGUUUAAUCUCCACUACACUAAACCAAACAAACCUCUGUUGAAAUUUAUUGCCAAAAUUCAAUGAUUUCUCUUCAACCAAUCACCAGAAUUUUCAAGUCAAAAAACCAGUCAGCGGUCAGUGGUCCAUCUUCACCUUCUUCAUCAACCCACCAUCGUUUUACAUGAAACUUGCAGAAAAUUUUCAAAUCCUCAUUCGAACAUGUCAUCCCAUUUGAAAUUGGGUUUUGGGUUAUGGUUAUGGUUAUGGUUCUGGGUUUUGAGCUCAAUUUGUUUUACUGUCCAAUCGAAGUGUUCUAAAGGUUGUGAUUUGGCUUUAGGCUCAUACUAUGUUUGGCUAGAAUCAAACUUGACCUUCAUAGAGGAAGUGUUAAGUGCUCCAAUCCCCGAUAUUCUCAGUUACAACCCACGAAUCCCAAACAAAGACAGCGUCCAAUCCGACAUCAGAAUUAACAUACCCUUUUCCUGCGACUGUAUCGCCGGUGAAUUCUUGGGACAUGUGUUUACGUACAACGUUCGUUCCGGCGAUACCUACGACAGGGUUGCGCAGACAUACUACGCGAACUUGACGACGCCGGAGUGGGUGAGGAGGUUUAACAGUUACGCGCCGGAACGAAUUCCAGAUACUAAUGCCAGACUUAAUGUGACAGUGAAUUGUUCGUGUGGGAAUAGUAGGGUUUCGAAGGAUUAUGGGUUGUUUGUGACGUACCCUUUGAGGCCUAACGAGAGUUUGGAUUCGGUUGCCGCGCAGGAGAAUCUCACUGCCGAUUUGAUACAGAGAUAUAAUCCGGAUUCGGACUUUAGUGCCGGGAGUGGCCUGAUUUACAUCCCAGGCAAAGAUAGAAAUGGAAGCUAUCCACCCUUUAAAACCAGCACAGGUGGUCUUGCCUUCUUCCCAUGGUGGUUCAGUGUUAACUUUCUUCAUUUUCCAUAUUUGGACACUUUAGAUGAUAAUUUGGAGCGUUCAUACUGCUUAAGCCUAUAUUUUGCUCUUAUCUCAGUAGGAUUAUCACCUGGGGCCAUAGCUGGAGUUUCUGUAGCAGGAAUAGCAGGAUUGCUGUUAUUUGGAGGCUGCUUAUAUGUUGGAUUUUUCAGGAAUAAGAAGCUACAAAAGACUGUAAUGCUCUCAAGAACAUCUGAAGAUCAACCUCUUCAAGCUGCUCCUGCUUCUGGAGGUCCUGUGGUCAAAGCUGCAGAAUCCCCUGGACUUGCUGGUGCUUCUCCUGGCCUCACUGGCAUAACUGUUGACAAAUCAGUGGAGUUCUCAUAUGAAGAGCUUGCAAAGGCUACCAAUGACUUCAGCAUUGCUAAUAAGAUUGGUCAAGGUGGCUUUGGCUCUGUUUACUAUGCUGAGCUCAGAGGCGAGAAAGCUGCAAUUAAGAAGAUGGAUAUGCAAGCAACAAGAGAAUUUCUAGCUGAAUUAAAGGUUUUGACACAUGUUCAUCACCUGAACCUGGUGCGCUUGAUUGGGUAUUGCACUGAGGGUUCUCUUUUCGUGGUCUAUGAAUACAUUGAAAAUGGCAACUUAAGUCAACAUUUGCAUGGGUCAGGGAUGGACCCGCUGCCAUGGCCAACUAGAGUGCAAAUUGCCCUGGAUUCAGCAAGAGGUCUUGAAUAUAUCCAUGAGCACACUGUUCCUGCCUAUAUCCACCGUGAUAUUAAAUCAGCAAAUAUUCUGAUAGAUAAAAAUUUCCACGGGAAGGUUGCAGAUUUUGGUUUAACAAAGCUCACUGAAGUUGGAAGCACUGCUCUGCCCACACGUCUUGUGGGUACAUUUGGAUAUAUGCCACCAGAAUAUGCUCAAUAUGGUGAAGUUUCUCCUAAAAUAGAUGUCUAUGCUUUUGGGGUUGUGCUUUACGAACUAAUAUCUGCCAAGGAAGCCAUUGUCAAGGCAAAUGGUUCUGUUGCUGAAUCGAAGGGCCUAGUUGCUUUGUUUGAGGAAGUUUUUAGUCAUCCGGAUGCAGGAAAAGACCUUUGCAAACUGGUUGACCCAAGGCUUGGGGAUAACUACCCCCUCGACUCAGUGCGCAAGAUGGCUCAGCUAGCCAAAGCUUGCACACACGAAAAUCCUCAGCUACGGCCAAGCAUGAGAUCCCUUGUGGUUGUGCUGAUGACUCUCUCAUCCACUACAGAGGAUUGGGAUGUUCGCUCCUUCUAUGAAAACGAAGCGCUAACGAAUCUAAUGUCCGGAAGGUAG